AUGAUUAUGAAUUCAUUAUUUCUUGUAAAGUGUAGUCAUAGAGAGAAGCUCUUUUCAAAUGGAGAUCUCUAUAUCGGCAGCUUCCAAGGCAACCUUUGUCAUGGCAACGGAAAGUAUAAAUGGUCAAGUGGAAUAAUAUAUGAGGGUGAUUUGGUUGAUGGAGAGAUAUCUGGAAAAGGAAAGAUGACAUGGCCAUCCGGAAAUAAGUAUGAGGGCGAAUUCUAUAAGAAUCGUAGCCAUGGUAAAGGCACUAAAACUUGGAAGGAUGGAUGUAUCUAUAUUGGAAAUUGGGAAAAAGGUAAACAAGAUGGAGGAGGGAUUAUGAAGUGGGCUAAAGGUAGUUUUUUUGAGGGUUUUUGGUCAAAUGGACUUAGGAGGUACGGAGUUUAUAGAUUAGCACAGGGAGAUGUCUAUUUUGGCAGUUUCAAGAAUAACCUUUUUCAUGGCAACGGAAAGUAUACAUGGUCAAGUGGAAUAAUAUAUAAGGGUGAUUGGGUUGAUGGAGAGAUUUCAGGAAAAGGAGAGAUGGCAUGGCCAUCAAAGUAUGAUGGUGAAAUUUAUAAGAAUUACCGCCAUGGUAAAGGCACAGAAACUUGCAAGGGUGAAUAUAUCUAUACUGGAAAUUGGAAAAAAGGUAAAAAAGAUGGAAGAGGGAUUGUAAAGUGGGCUAGUGGUAGUGUUUUUGACGGUUAUUUGUCAAAUGGACUUUUGAGGUCUGGAGUUUACAGAUUUGUAAAUGGAGAUGUCUACAAUGGUGAAUUCAAAAGUGACACUUUCCAUGGCAUCGGAGAGUAUAGAUGUUCAAAUGGAACAAUAUAUAUGGGCUAUUGGGAAGAUGGAAAAAUGAUAAAGAUAAUAUGGAAGAUAAAUGAUCCUCAAAAUAUUGUUGGAGUCUUGUUUCGUGAUUUCUCGUCCACAUCGAUCCCCGAUGGUUUGAGUUUUAUGACUAUAAAAAGGAAAUAUAAGCAAGGAGAUGUGGAGAAGAUUAGACAGGAUAUUAUGGACAAAGGGGAAAAUAAAUCUAUUGUGAAGCAAGUAAAGAAGAGUUCACCUAUAUGGAUAUUUUUUAACACUUUCAAAUCUAACCUGGAGCUUAUUUUGCAACUUUGCAGCAGGUAA